AUGAAACGUGACACUGAAUGGUUGUUCACUAUCUGUGAGUGUGAAAAAGGUCAAAUGUAUGUUCCUUCAGCGUCUGAGGGUGCCACAAUGAAACAAUUUCGAAACAUUGAAUCCAGAGAACAAAGAAAAUACGUCAUUGUACAGCUUGCCAGUGUCAUAACAGGAUCAACAAGAGUUUGGGUACGAGAACGAGCUGCUGAUAAGUUUGCUGGAAUUUUCUACGACCCAGCAUAUGGAAAGUCAUGUUUAUUCGAAGAAGUAAAACGAAUCAAAGGAAAAACGGAGCUGCCGAAACGAAUCCGAGGGAUUUACAAUAUCGAAAAUUAG